GCGGUGCAAGCCUGGAAUCUAGAAUUUGAUAUAAUCAACAUGCUUGCACUAAGAACUUUUACUCCUUUGAAAAAUUUAAAAUCGGCACAAGUCUUAUCGGCAGUUUCUCAACACAAAUGUUCUCGAAUUUUUGAAAAAAAGGAAGAUGUCAUGGCGUCAACCAAUUCAUCUUUUGGAUUAGUACAGUGUCGAGGUCUGAACACUGAAAGUCGUACAGAAAUUAAACCUACAUCUUCAAGUGUUAGCAAAAUAGAAAAGAAAUCAUCUUCACUUAUCAAUUUUGACAAUUCAGCACAAUAUGUGUUGUCCACAGUAGAUAAAAUUAUUAACUAUACUCGUCAAUCCUCCAUCUGGCCAAUGACUUUUGGUUUAGCGUGUUGUGCCGUUGAAAUGAUGCAUAUGGCGGCGGCAAGAUAUGAUCAGGAUCGUAUUGGAAUUGUUUUUCGAGCGUCCCCUCGUCAAUCAGAUGUUAUGAUAGUGGCGGGUACUUUGACGAAUAAGAUGGCACCCGCAUUAAGAAAAGUUUAUGAUCAGAUGCCAGAACCAAGAUGGGUAAUUUCAAUGGGUUCUUGUGCAAAUGGUGGUGGAUAUUAUCAUUAUUCUUAUAGUGUUGUCAGAGGUUGUGAUAGAAUUGUGCCAGUUGAUAUAUAUGUCCCGGGAUGUCCUCCUACAGCAGAAGCAUUAAUGUAUGGUGUACUUCAGUUACAAAAGAAAAUGAGAAGAACUAAAUCCACAACACAAAUACCAACCGUAACGGACCCAGUACUGAAUAAGUUAGAAGGUAGAUUAAAUGCCAAUGAAUUAUAUAAUAAUGCCAUGGGAUUACUUCAAAGUUUGGAGACACCACCAAAUGAAAGGAAAAUUCCGAAAAGUCAAAUGUUAGAUGAAGCGGAACCCAACAUUUUUAUUUUCUUAUAUAAAUUUUUCAGUCAGCUAUUAUUCUCUAUGUUCGAUUUACAUUCCCCAAUAACAACGGAAGAUUUAGAUAUAGAAAGGCAAUCAAAUACAGAGACUAAAGAUCCGAAAUUAAUAAGGGCAAUAAAAUUAUUAGAAAAAGCAGCUUUUGAAUAUGGACAUGAUGAUUCAUUGUUUACUCUUGGAGAAAUAAACUUUUAUGCAAAAUAUAAUCAUCCACGUAAUCUCUCAGCAGCAUUUCAUUAUUAUCGAAAAUUAACAGAUCGAUCUGGUAAUUCAACCGCACAACAAAUGGUUGGUUUCAUGUACGCGACUGGUAUUGGAAAUGUAGUUCCGAGGGAUCAAGGAAAAGCAUUACUUUAUCAUACUUUUGCAGCACUUGGACAUGAUACUGCAUCUGAAAUGACAUUGGCUUAUCGAUAUUUGUCAGGAAUUGGUGUACCACGUAGUUGUGAAGAUGCUGUAUUUUAUUAUAAACGAGUUGCAGAAAAAGCAAUUGAAUAUUUUAAAUCGGGACCACCAGGCGGUCAUCAACUUCCUAUGUUAAAAGUUAAAUUAUAUGAUGAAGAUGGUGGUAUUUUUGGAUAUGGAGCUAGUGGAUCCGGUGCUAGUUCAUCUUCAAAACAUGGGGAUCAAGCUACUUGGGAUGAUAUUUUAGAUUAUUAUCGUUAUUCAGCUGAACGAGGUUUAGGUCAACUUUAUUACCAAGGAACUCGUAAUACUCCACAAAAUUUCACACAUGCAAUUCGAUUUCUUAAACAAGUAGCAAGUCAAUAUUGGCCAAAUGAUAAUACAGAAGUUGAUCUUUCUUCAAAACCUGUUCAAGCAGCAGGUCAGGCGGCUGGAAUUUUGGGUCAAAUGUAUUGGCGUGGUGAAGGAGUUGAACAAAAUAAUCAUACUGCUUACGAAUGGUUCGUGAGAGGUGCUCAAGUGGGUAACCCUGCAUCUAUCAAUGGACUUGGCAUGAUGUUUUUAGAAGGUGUCGAAGUUUCAAAGAAUCCCGAUAAAGCUAUGAGUUAUUUCAAAAGUGCAGCAGAUGCGGAAUUUCCGGAUGCACAUGCACAAGUUAAUUUAGGUCUAUUGUAUUUGAAAAGAGAUGAUUUUAAAAAUGCUUUUGAAUAUUUCCAAAAAGCUGUUAAACUUAUGCAUCAUAUUCUAGCAUAUUUUUAUUUGGCUGAAAUGUAUGCAAACGGUUCAGGUGUAGAACAGUCAUGCUCUGUUGCGGCUGCAUUCUAUAAGGUUGUUGCUGAACGAGGUGAUUGGCUCCACUCACCAUUUCCCAAUGCACAUAUGGCUUAUGUAUCAGGUGACAGAGAUAGUGCUUUAAUAUAUUAUUUAAUGGCAGCUGAAAAAGGUUAUGAUGUUGGACAAUCAAAUGUUGCUUGGCUUUUAGAUAAAGGCAAUACACCAAAACCCGAUGUUUCACGUGAAAAAUUAGCAUUACUAUAUUGGACUCGAUCUGCUAAUCAAGGAAAUGCAGAUUCAAGAGUUAAAAUGGGAGAUUAUUAUUUUAAAGGGUUUGGUACUAAAUCAGAUUAUGAAAAGGCUGCAGCUUGUUAUCAGGUUGCUGCUGAAUCAGAUUAUAGCGCCAUGGCAAUGUGGAAUCUAGGAUGGAUGUAUGAGAAUGGUAUAGGUGUUGAUUUUCAUUUAGCGAAAAGGUGGUAUGAUUUAUCCUUAUCAACUAAUCCUGACGCAUACCUUCCUGUUAUAUUAUCAUUAAUUAAACUUAAUAUAAAACGGAUAUGGAAUUAUUUCGCCGGAAUUGAUGUGGGAGGAGAUAACAUUAAUAAAAAUGAUGCAUCUAGUGGAUUUUGGUGGAGUCCAGAAGGAGAAAAAUUAAUUAAAGAAUAUAAUGUUCGAAAAGAUUAUGAACAAAAUGAUGAAGAAAGAGAUGCUUGGAUGGAAACGUUAAUGAUAUUAGUAAUGUGUGCUAUGGUUGGUUGGUUAUUAUAUAUUCGUCAACUUAGAUGGGAUCCAGCAGGAAUUCAAGUUAAAAAUUUUGAUUAA